GUCCACAACACGACGGUUUCCGUUUGUCGCCAAGCUCGUAUCGCCGUCUGCAGGUACCCUGAUGUUAUGUUGUCGCCUGUGUUUUCUUCCGUCUAGUGCCGUUGUCGUCGGCCGGCUCAUGGCUGACGUCUUUCGCAAGCUGCCGUUGCUGCUUCUCGCCGUCUUCUUGCUGGUGGUCGUCAUAGUGUUCCACGUGUGUUUCCUCGGGAACGCGCAGCGGCGUCGACGUAGACGAACUCUGCCGAUGAAGCCCGUCCGGACGGACACAUGGCAGGGAUCCCCCAGGGGAGGAGGGGAGCACGUAGUGAGUAGGCGAGCCGUUGGAAGUUCUUCUUCGGCUUGUAGGUUGUCGCUGCCGGUCGACAAUUGUGCAUUGCCGCUGCAUUUGCAACCCCUCCCAGACUCAUCUGAUGAGCAGGAGAGGGAGGGACGGGGUCACACUGUUCCGUUGGGUAGUGGAUCUACGCAGGAAUGGGCUUGGACGGAGCUGUGUGGUGGGAGUGCCGGCAUGCACGCGCAGUCCUUCACUGAACUGCUGCGGCCGGGCAUCGACGGGGAAGAAGGAGACGGCGGAGUGAACCUCUCUUCCGGUCAGUCUACGGGGAGGUGUGGAAGCCGGACGCGCACAGUGAUCGUCAAUCCCCAUCCUGGCGAUGACGGCGGGCGGUUAACCGCUGUGGACAGAUCAUUGAAAUCCACCGGCGCGCAGCAGUGCCAGGGACGAUCGACUUCCAUCUCCAGGACCGCGCAGGGGCGCCCACAGUUCAUGCGGUCAUUGUCUCCGGUGUAUGUUGCGUCCAACCUGGGACAUCGAGGAGGCAUUGUCGCGGAAGGGGGGGGGAACUUGGACGACGUCGACGGGAGGUUACUGUGGGCGGAGCAACGACGGGAGUUAAGGGAGGGUCGAGAGGAAGCAAUCAGGCGGGGGGUGGAGCAUUUGAGGAUGGACAGGCAGGCGAAAGAAGUUGAGGAGCCAGAUGCGGGGCUUCCGUCCGAAGAAGACGACGACGACAGCGAAGAAGGAGGGGACGGGAACGGGGGUCACGCCUCGCCAUCGGAGAACAGCGACAUGGGUGGGAAGGGCGGCAAGACGCAGGCGAGGAGCGGGAAUGGUCGUGGGCGGCCGAAGAAAGCACAAGCAAAGCCGAACGACGUUGACGGCGACGGCGAGGCAGAGGAGAAGCGGAAAUUUUGGAGUGUCGAACAUAUCAUCGCCCUCAUACGGGCGAAACGCGAUCAGGAUGCGCACUUGCAGGGGAUGGGCCACGUGUACAGCCGGAUGAAGGCGAGGGAGGGAAUCGACUUCUUCCAGUUGAGCGCGAAGGAGAGGGCGAGCAAGGGCUUCAAUUUCAACAUGGAUCACGCUGUUUACGACGAGAUUGAAGGGUCCACAGGUUUUAAUGAAACCAUCAACCCGAAAAACGUUCCAGACACUGGUGCCUCUCGCGGUGUGCGUUUGCCGUCCACGUCGAAUGGUGAUCGUGAAGCAGUUGGUGAUGCCGACGCCGGUGCGGGGGGAGACGAUGAGGAGGGGGGAUCGACUCGUGGUUCUUCCCAGACGACGGGCAGCCCUGGUGCAUUUGGAAAGAGGAAGAGCACGCGACAACAGACGUUCGAGGCAAUGACCGAUUGCAUGGAGAAGCACGGUGCGUUGAUGGCGGCCACGAUGGAGAGUGCCGACAAGCGGCAAUGCAGCAUUCAGCUACGACAAUGUGAGGCUUUAGAAGUUGGAGUGCAGGUGCAGAAGACACACUACGCCGCGUCCGAUGAAGUCAGCAAACUCAUUUCCCAGGCUGUGAUCGACGUGUCUGCGAAGCGAUCCCCUGCGCCGCAGCCACGUAGGGAGGCAGUUCCGGUAGUGCACGAAGUGGCGGACGGUGCGAAGGCGGGCGAUGGCGGGGCGGUAGGCGAAGACGACGAAGCCCUGGUGAACAAGCUGCGCGGGCAACAAGAAGAUCGAAGACGGGUCGGAGUUGAGGGCGGCAAGGAAAGGGCGUUAAAGGUGGAGACCAUUGCGAAGAGGGCGAUCCACGGCUGGAUUUUCAAGUCCGAUAGCAGACACAAGGGGUAUCACUUGGCGUACCAGUACGCCUUGAACCACGCGGCGACGGACAUCGCCAGAGCGAUGUGGGCAUCGGAGGACUGGCGUUCGUUAGUCAGCCCGAUGGUGAUUCGUAACACGCUGGAGUUGGGUAUGAAGCUCCCUUUGUGGUUCGUCGGAGCGAAUGUGGUGGACAGGCACCAGGAUGACGAGUGCGCGGCUUACGAGGAGGCCAUAGCUCAACGUUUGGUGCACGAUUUCAGCAAUGUGGUGGAGGCGGCGCAGGUGAUGGACUCGGGGCGUGUUUCUUACGAGUGGCUGAAAUCCCUUGCGGAGGCGAUGAGAUAUUUGCUGGCAGCGGCGGCGUGGAUAAUGAGGAUGGUUGGGGACGACUCAAGAUCGCACUACGACUCCUGGGUUUUCGUGCAGUUGACGGCGAAGACCACCCUUCUUGCUUCCAUGGAUCGCCAUUUUGACUCGCGUCGUCAUGUCUUGCAAGCCGCAACUGUCAUGACAGACAAACUGGGAAGACCGCCUCCGACCUUCGCUUCCCCCCCACUCUACAUCCCCGACUGGGCGUCCAAGUGCGGCGUCACGUUCAAUCACGAUGCGACUUUGUCCUCCCCGAUGGAAGCGACGAAGAUGGAGUGGAUCGGCACAGGCCCCCCUGAGGAGGAAGACGACGACGACGAAGAUGUUGAUGGCGCCGAGGGUGGGUGAUAGUGGGAGUCGAAGUCGAAGGACUGCCGGCGAGGGUGGGUGAUAGUAGGAGUCGAAGGCGAUCGUUGGCGGCAGGGUUUUUAAGUCUUCUACACCCACACCACCGACGAUCCUUAGGUUUGAAGUGCACAUACUUUGCGUCGUUUGGUGUGUACUCAUUAGGUUUUGUAGCGGACGACACAUGUUUUGUCUUUUUUGAAGUAGGGUACACGGUUGUUACGUUCAUUUCGAUUGAACGCCGUGUAUUUCAUUUUAUGAUUGUCCUUCACAUUCUCUUUUAUCUGAGUUGUCGACCUGCAUUCGUUGUGGAAUUUGACGAAGCGGAGGCUUCGUCAACCAUGAUUUGUACGUGCUUAUUUUGAUAUUAACGCGCCGUCAAACGGUGUUCUUCUUUUACAUUCAAAUAAUGGGGCUCAUGUACUGUGUGGGCGAUGGGACAUGUGCCUUUCUUUUGGGGAUGUGUCCACUUGAUGGGAAUCACUUCAAAAUGAACAUCAGGAAGUACU